AUGCCCCAGCUACCCCCUCGACGGGCAAUGACGUCGGCAGUACCUGCCCCCGUGGCCGCGCCCGAGCCCGCGGUGCCACUGUUCCAGACACCUGUCCGGUCGUUGGCGGCAACCAGCGAGGUGCGGGCGUCCGGCACGACGAUGCACUUUAAGAAGCCGCCGCUCACGAGCCGUAUGACAACGUCCGAGCAGCAAGCAACAACAACGACGACGACGUAUGGGACCACAGACCCGUUGACGCCGGGCAGCCGACUGACUCUGGACUCGACCAUGGCACCAGGGCGAAGCAGCGCGUCGACGUACUCGAGCUUUCGCGAGUCUCGCACGGCGAUGUUUCUGCCGGCGGCGGCGCCCCAAGAGCCGCUGAGCCCGAAUUCGAUGCUGCUCAACACGCUCGACGCCGUGAGCCAAAUGUCGGUGAGCUCGAACAAGGCGCCGCAGUUCACGUUCGAGUCCCGGUCGUCGUCGUCGUUAGGACUUGGCUCGAGCUACAGCCAGAGCAGCGUCGCAACGACCAAGACGCGCACGACGACGAUGCACAUGACGGCAACGUCGGCGGCCUCGAGCGCGCCGUCGCAUGUGUUUCGCCUCGGCACCGGCGACCACGGGCACGGCGGCGACAUCUUCUACCUCUUGACGCGCAUCCGCAUCCGCGCCGGCAACAUCUCGUGUCUUCGCUGCCAUUCGCAAGUGAACGCCAAGACGAACCAGCUCGUGUCGUCCGUGGACGCGGGUGGCGCCGGUUUCGACGUCGACGAGAUCUUUGUGCUCGUCAACGUGACAUUGCGCAGCGACGAAGGGCGCGUCAAGUACACGGACACGUUCAUCUCGAUCGAUGGCACGGCAAUCACGACCAAGAAGGGCCCGAUCAUGUCCAACGCCGAAAAGUGGCGGCUCGGCGAGAAGGACGAAUUCUUUGGAAAAGGGACGCUGCCGCUCAGCGCCGACGCCGACUCGUCCUUGGCGCCCGGUGUACGCAACGCCCAGCGCACUCUCCAGUCGGGUAACCGCAUCGUCCUCAAGUCGUACGCGCUGCCAUACGUUCUCUGCGUCGAGCACGAGCACGCCGUGAGUCUUCGCGACGUCAAGGACAUGACGGGCUUUGAAGUGUGGGAGAUCACGAAAGCCAACAUCCCUCGUGACGGGCAUGGUUGCCGGUAUCCUCGGCCCCGUCUUCAACACGCCGGUGGACGUCGGCAAUACGCCGGUUAUUACUCGAGCCGUCAACCGAAUCACUAA